AUGGACGAGCUAGUCCGGAAGGCCAUCCACCAGGCUGACGCCCUAAAGAAACCGCCGCACUCGGUUCCAUGGAAAGACGACGAACCAUGGCCUCAGCCCUACUAUUCUUGGGUCGAAGAAACGGGACAAUGGCAGCCAACAACAUCACGCAGCGGCCCUCAGACGCAUUCUACUAGUAUUACCAUGGUAGUCUUGUACAGUUGGAAUAUUGAUUUCAUGUUGCCAUUUCCUGAAACAAGGAUGGAUACUGCAUUAGCCCAUCUACAGGAACUCACGACCCAUACGCUAUCGGAUCCAAACGCAGCUAUCAUACUUAACCUGCAGGAAUGCGUUCCGUCUGACCUCGUCACUAUCGGCCAGAAACAGUGGAUCAGAGAAAAUUUCUACAUAACCGAUAUCGAUACAUCGGCCUGGGCGUCUGGGGCGUACGGCACAACUACACUGAUCGAUCAUCGAUUGGAUAUAUCUUCAUGUUUCCGCGUUCAUUACUCUAAAACUCGUAUGGAGCGGGAUGCGUUGUUUGUCGACGUCGCACCACCGACUAUCUCUAAGGACCACGGCAGGAUCCUUAGAUUUUGCAACACCCAUCUCGAGUCACUAGCUCUCGAGCCACAACUCCGACCGGCCCAAAUGAAAGUAAUUGCCUCGUAUAUGCACCCAGACGGCGUCAUGGGCGCGGUAGUCACAGGUGACUUCAACGCCAUCCAGCCGGCCGACUUAUCACUGCACUCAGAGAAUAGACUGAAAGACGCCUACCUCGAGCUCGGCGGUCUCGAAAAGAGCGAUGAGGGAUACACAUGGGGACAGCAGGCGCUGAAAGUACUACGAGAACGCUUUGGAUGUUCGCGGAUGGACAAGGCAUACUAUUGUGGUGGAGGCUUGAAGUUGUUGGGUUUCGAGAGAUUCGGCGCCAAUGUAGAGAUUCCAGAGAAAGAAAAGGACCAGAGAAAUCAACUGCUUUCACUUGGAUUUGAGAAGGCCUGGAUUACGGACCACCUAGGAAUAAAGGUUGCUUUUCACAUCUCAAACGACAUUCAUCUGUGA